CGGUGUGUAAAGCUACAGGCAGGAGGGAGGCAGCUGUUGCCAUUAUUUUACCAGCCAGCUCAGAUAGCUACAUCAGCGGCUUCACCCUCCCUGGACAGAAGAAAAAAGAACAUGAGACAGUCGGCACCAUCAUAAACACACAAGACUGACAUAGAUUUUUUUUCUCCAAAAAACAAAGUGAAAUCAAAUGGUACAGAAAAGUAGUAUGUCCAGGACGCCUUCGACCUCAACCCAGGAGAUCCAAAUGGACAUGUUCGACCAUCAUCCACACACGCAGGGAAAGUAUGCCAAAAGGAAGAGCCGAUUUAAGCGCUCAGAUGGAAGCACCUCCUCUGACACCACCUCAAACAGCUUUGUUCGACAGGGCUCUGCAGACUCCUACACUAGCAGGCCGUCGGACUCUGAUGUGUCCCUGGAGGAGGAUCCUGAAGCUCUGAGGAAGGAGGCUGACAGACAGGCUCUUGCCACCCUUGAGAAAGCAAAGACCAAACCAGUGGCAUUUGCUGUGCGCACAAAUGUCGGUUACAACCCAGGCCCCAGUGAUGAUGUUCCUGUGCAGGGCAUGGCUAUUUCCUUUGAAGCCAAAGACUUCUUACACAUUAAAGAGAAAUACAACAAUGACUGGUGGAUUGGGCGUCUGGUGAAAGAGGGCUGUGAGGUGGGCUUCAUUCCCAGCCCAGUCAAACUGGAGAACACCCGUCUGCUGCAGGAGCAACGGAUGAGACAAAACCGGCUCAGCUCUAGUAAGUCAGGAGGAAGUUCUAGUCUUGAUGUUGCUACAGGAACCCGCAGGCCCACCCCACCUGGCACAGCUCACGUGGACAUAUCCACGGUGGCCUUUGACGCUGACCCUCUCGACCUGGAUGCUGAGGAGCCCCCUGAGUCCCAGGGUGACCCUCGCUCCUCCAAGGGCAUGUCAGGCAGCGUAAUAUCCCCCCAGGCCAACGCCCACCGACUGCCCUUCUUUAAGAAGAUGGAGCAUAUCCCUCCGUAUGAUGUGGUUCCUUCUAUGAGACCCAUCAUUCUCGUCGGACCUUCGCUCAAAGGCUAUGAGGUGACAGACAUGAUGCAGAAAGCACUUUUUGACUUUCUGAAACACAAAUUUGAGGGCAGGAUAUCCAUCACACGGGUGACGGCAGACAUUUCUCUGGCCAAACGUUCAGUUCUUAACAACCCCAGCAAGCACACUAUCAUUGAGCGCUCCAGUACUCGCUCAAGCCUGGACGUACUGGCUGAGGUGCAGAGUGAGAUAGAGCGCAUCUUUGAGCUGGCCCGAACCCUCCAGCUUGUUGCUCUGGAUGCGGACACCAUCAACCAUCCCUCUCAGCUGGCUAAGACCUCCUUAGCACCCAUCAUUGUCUAUAUCAAAAUAGCCUCACCUAAGGUUCUCCAGAGACUCAUUAAAUCCAGAGGAAAAUCCCAGGCUAAACAUCUAAACGUGCAGAUGGUUGCAGCAGACAAGUUGGCUCAGUGCCCACCUGAACUGUUUGACAUUAUCCUGGAUGAGAACCAGCUGGAGGAUGCAUGUGAACACCUGGCUGACUACCUGGAAGCCUAUUGGAAGGCGACACACCCGCCGAGCAGUAACCCUCCCAACCCUCUGCUCAACCGCACGAUGGCCACGGCGGCCCUGGCCGCCUCCCCUGAGCCUGUCUCCAAUCUGCAGGGUCCUUACCUGGUGCACGGAGAGCAGAAGCGGGAAGGGGGUCUGUCAGAGUGUGGUGGGAGCAGCGCUCUGCAUGACUAUCAGGCAGACCUGGGAGGAAAGCCUCAGCAGCAGCACCAGCAGCAGACGUACCUUCGAUCAUCUCGUGGUCAGCUACGAGGAGGGAGUGGGCGAGGCCUCUCACGCCAGGACACCUUUGAUUCCGAGACCCAGGGCAGCCGGGACUCCGCCUACACCGAAGCCGGUGACUCCUGCAUGGACAUUGAGACUGACCCUUAUGAAGAGCCAGAGCCCUACCGAGGGGGUGGGGGCAGCCGCCUCCACCUGGCACAGCAUCAUGGCCGACAGGCCUCUUGGGAAGACGAAGGUGCUGAGCCGGACCAGGAAAACCUGAACCACCCUCCUAUACCGAGCCACACACAGCCUCAUGGACGUGCCAAGCUGAGGGAACGUUACUGCCAGGACCCUGCGGACACAGGGGCCAACAUGGGCCGUAACAAGAACCAGGACGACUGGGGGAGGGACGUGUACAUCCGCUGAGCACUCACCUUGCCACAGAGAUGAGGAAGCUACAGACUGGGGACAGAGGAAGGGGGAGGGGAGGGGAGGGAGAGGAAAGGUUCUUGUUUUGGGGUAUAAAAGGAACUGUGGGUUUGGGGCCAUGCCUGUCAGGCUAACAAAAACCUGUUUACAUCCCAGUACAAUGUAAACAUAUACAUCAGCUGCCAGAUGCCAUUUUCAUCAAGUUCUUCUUAAAACAUCAACUUAUUUACUUUUCAAAGAAAUUAUAUUAUUCUGUUUUUGUUUCCUAUGUUAAUAGUGCAUGAAUAUCAUGGAUUUCUAUUCUGACAGCACAAGGGCAGUUAUUAUGAUUGUGAACCUAUAUGACCCGAUCUCUCCUUUAGGUGUAGAGUGUGAAGGCUGGUAGAGCUGUGGUCUGUCAUGUCUGUCCUCUGCAGUCUUAAACAGGGUCUAAAGUCACCGUUCCCACUUAUGUAUAGUGUCAGGGUUUCUCUUUAUUCCCUUUAUUGCACUCACUACUUUUUUGGCUUUCAGGGUUUCUUCCCGUAAAGUGAUCCAGAAGUUUUGAGUCUCUUGCCUCCACUCUAUCACCCAGACCUUAAAAAGCUAGUGGAGAAGUUGCCAUAUUUUAACAAAUUUUGAUGUUGCUACACUCAUUUCAGCUCAGUUGCAACAGUUACACUCCAAAGAUGUUUACUUCUUCCCUGACCUGGAUCAACCUCUGUACGUAUCUGAUCCAGUCCUCAUAUUUCUGUUUUCCUCUUCAUGGGUGCUGAGGGCACCUGCAGUAUUUGCCUGUGGUGCAGAUUCAAAGCUGCAUCCAGUGCAGCAGUUGUAGUUGUGUGAAUGAUGUGUUCUGCCUUAGUCUCUCCCAACAUUAAAAAAGAAACAAAAAAAAAAAACAAAACAAAAGAAAAACAAACAAAAAAAAACACUGUUAUUUCAAGAAAGCUCCAAUCACAAGUGCCGGAAUGUCUCACCAAGCCAUGUCCACCACGGGGUGGGAUGUCUUAACUCUUGUUACACUGCUUUUCACACCUUGUCUUUGUCUCUUAGGGUCUUGCAGCGACUCUGCAGUCUGGCCCUGUUGUUGUUCCAGCACGUUGCUCGUGUCGUUUUCUUUGCACCAGCUUCACCGUCUGUUUUUCAGGGCUAAUGGUGAUAGAAAAGUACUUGUGUGUGGUUAAUCACUCCCAACUUCCACUUAAACUGCUAGCUUGUCUGAUAUUAAAUACCACUCCCUUCUUACUCCUGAUUUUUGACUGAAUUAGUGUUGUUUUGUUUAGUUUUUUUCCUGUGGACAUUUUGCAACUUUUUUAAACUCUUCAGUUCUUGUGAGGUAGUGAGAGGAGCAUCAUGCAGGGAAGGGGGGAUCUGCUUUGGUCUUCACUUGGUUUAUCUAUAAUGGAAAAUCCAUGAAUGUCUUUGGUGGGCUGCUUCAGCUCACCCCUGUCUUCAGCUGAAAAAAUAAAUAUUAAAUAAUGAUCAGUAAAUAAUGUUAUUGUUGCGUUAUCGCAAUUGUUAAAAUGAUGAAAUAACAUGUAUCAUUGGUGCCUGACUGUAGCUACAUUUUGCUUUUUCUGCCUUUCAUUUUUAAUCUGUGGAUAAAUUCGUAUUUUAAUUAAAAAUGUAAUCAGAAGAUGUCUUAGAGAGUUAAUUGAAGUGGUGAGAGGGGAAUUAUCAAAUACAGCUUUCUAGAUGCAAAAUCUACACAUGUAUGACUGCACACAAACAAUGCAGAUUGUGUGUCUCAAGACGUGUAUAUUUGUUUAAAUCCAAAGGAAACAUUGGAACACAAUAGUGUAAUGUAUUCUGUUUUUAUUUCAGUCUGCUGGUACAACCAAUCUGUCCAGUUACUGUGCUUUGAUGGGUGUAAACAAGAAUAACAGGAAAACUUGUCUUCUAAAGAAAAACAUGUCCUCACUUCUAAGUUAACAUGUCUCUUUAUUUUCUCUCAUUUGUGUUCACAGGAAAUAAUUAUUUCCAAAACUCUCCUUUUGUAUUUAAAUAGAUAUAAACCACUUAUGUAUUUCGCUGAGCAAUGAAGCUUAAAGUUACUGAACUUAGAAGGAGCCGGAUGUGGUUUGUACAUCUUACUUGGUUUUUGUCACAUCAUCAUUAUCUGUGCCUGCACUGGUGGAAAUUACACAUUUGUGAUUUCCAUCUGAAGCUUAAAUUUAGUCUUUGAUCAGAGUGUUAUUUAAUAAGCAGUUUAGAUGACUGUAAUAUCAAACAACAUAGAACUGAAGUCACAGGACCAAAG